AUGUUAGUAUUGUUUCAAUUAAGUUCAAUUAAUAGUUUUCUUUUGGCAUAUACUAGGUCAACGGGAAAUACGCUUGUCGAACUUCAUCAAUUUUUCGAAGAUGCUCCAGAUGAUUAUCGUUUGGAGAUGGAAGCUGAAGUUCGUCUUAAAGCUCUCUAUUCAUGUCUUGUGAAUGCAACAUCAAGAACAAUGUUGCAAAUUGGUUUAAGUGGUUUAUUAACAUAUGUUAAAGCGUCUCAAAGAAGUUCUACUAUUGAUGAACUACUCAUAUCAAAAGAUUAUAUUUCAGAAAUAAUUACGAUUGCUGCUGAUCAUUUCACAACAGCACCAUUACUUUCAGCAACAUGUCUUUAUGAAUGUAUGUUGCAUUAUCCAAAAAAGUUUUCACCAUUUCUCAUUAAUAAAUUUCGUCCAUUAUUGCCUCGUAUUAUUUAUAAAAAGACUUCUGGACCAAGCGAGAUUUGCUGCAAAUGUAUUGCUCAUUUAUCUGUACUUGGAAUACCAUCGGCUUCAAAACAAGCGAAAUCAUGGAAAAAUGAAUACGAUCGAUAUCUUAAAAUAGCUUCUCUUCUGAUCGAUCAAAUUUAUUCAGGAGUAAAUGAUUGUCUUUGUACGGAAGUAACUGAUCUUGAAACAACAUUAACAGCAGAAAUUGGUGAUGUUAUUUCAUCAACGGAUUAUGCAACAAUUUUUUCUAAUUGCUGUAAUAUAUUGAGAUAUCUAUUCUAUGUGCAAUUGGAUUCUCAAGUUACGGUUCCAUGCGAACGGACAUUUAAAAUAAUAUCAAAAGUUAUAUCAAUCAACAGCCAACAAUUUAAUACACUUCAUCGUAAACACAAUUUACCAACAUUGCUUGGCUCAUGUGUUCAAUUAUGUGAUACACUUGUUACUUAUAAUCCAUCAUCAUUUAUGUUUAAUAUUCGAUCGAUAUUUACAUUAUUCAUAUCAUUAUUGGAUCUCGUACGUCCACAAGCUGAAUAUUUAACAUUAUCAAUAAAUAUUUAUCAGUUAUUAACAAAUUUAUUAGCAAUAUUUCAUCGGCAAGUACGAAUUGAUGUUGAUAUAUUACAAAAAUUAAUUCGUUGGAUUAUAAAUGAUUCAACAGUACGUACACGAUCGAAAGUACCAGUUGCAUAUUUAUCAAGGCCAGAUCAUCAGUUAUCUCAAGCCGCAAUGAAUUGUACUCAACAAUUGUUAAACAUCUAUUCGGAUCAUAUGCCGAAAGAUCAAUAUAGCCUUAUUCAAAAUCAUUUCAUACAAACACUUAUGAUUUGCCAAGCAUCAAGUAUUAUUAAUAAGCCUUAUGAUAAUGAAUUGUGUCGUGUUGGUUUAUAUAACAUUCUCGAAUGUUUAUUGAUUAAUGAAAGAGCUGAUUGUUCGACAAUUAUUGCUAUUAGUAAAGAUUUAAUUGAUAAUGCUGUUUCAUUAGAUUCGUCUGUUAAAGUUAAAAUGGCCGUACGUAAGUUAAAACUUGUAUGGCAGCAAGUCAAUGAUUCAACAAGUCAUCUAUAUCAACCAUGGUCAUUUUUGAAUGUUGAUAAACCACGCAAAGUUCUACCUAAUAAUAUAAAUAGUUCAAUGACAACCAAUGAGCUUCGUAAUGUAUUUAUAACUCCAUCAAUGCCAAUGAUAAGUAAUAUUGAAUCAGCGCCAGUAUCAAUGAUGAAUACAGAACAUGAACUUUUAAUGCAUUCUCUACCUAUUUCAAAACCAUCAUCGCAUCAUCAAACUCCUAUGGAAAUAGCAGCAAAUACAUUUUUACAAGCACCAGCACCAAUGACAUAUUCGACUCUUGAUGUUUUACUUCCAUCACAACAAUCGAAUCUCGAAACAUUUGUGCAACCUAUGAAAGAACAUCACAAAGAUGAAUAUAAUCAAAUAUCGGAACACCAUCGAAAACGACCAAAAUUAAUCGAUACACGACCCGUUGAAAUCGAUGAUGAUGAUGAUGACGGCGCUGAACAAAUUUUUGCUGACGAAAGUGAUAAUGGAGAACGUGAGAAUGAACACAUGGAUGAUUAUGACGAAGAAGACGAAGGAGAAGAAGAAGAAGAAGAAAUUGGUGGAGAAAGUGAAGAAAUGGAUGAAAGUGAUGAAAUCGACGAUGAAGUUGAUGAUGAUGGCAGAUCAGAAAUUAGCUCAGAUGAUGAUGAUAAUGAACGUAUGGUACAUACAAACGGUAUUAAAAAAUUCAGCCAACAUUUAGGUACUCACCAAUCAAAUGUCGAUCUACUCGGCAUUAGUAAUGCACAAUCGGAAGCCUAUCUUCAAACGAUGAAUGAUAAUCUUCAUAAAAAAUUUCGUCGUCAAAAUCAUUUUGAUCAACACUAUCCAUCUGUACAUCCCACAUCAACAGAUUUCUCACAUAAUAAUAAUAAUAAUAACAACAAUCAAAUUUAUUAUCCUUCUCAACUAAAUGGCGAUUAUAAAAACAAUAUUCAUAAACCAGCAAAUGGUAAUGGUCAAGUGUUAUCGAAAAACGACGGUGAUGAAGACGACGAUGAUAUUGUAUUAGUCAGCGAUGAUGAUGAUGAUGAUGAUAGUGUAGAUAAAAAAUCAGAAACAAAAAGUACCAACGUGUGCCUUUCUGAACCAACUACUUGCAUAUCUGAUAUUCCAGCAAAAUUUAUUGAAACAGCUACAAUAAAGCUAACAACAACAACAACUGUAACCAAUGAUGCUUCAUCAGCUAAAGAUUUAUUAGAAGACAUCGAUAGGUCUUCAUGCGGUCAUGUCAUCCGCAUAGAGACAUCAUCUGUCGACAAUUCUGCCACGUCAUUAACUCUAGCUAUUCAGGAAACCAUGGAAUCACUUCGUGAUGCGGUUAAUUUGGUUAGCGAUGAUUAUGCAAUAUUUAAUGAAGAACAUAAUUAG